UUUGAAGUGGCGGCUUCAUGUCACACAUGCGUACCAACAAAGUGAAUGGCACACGGGCGCAGAAGUGACACCGAGGCGAGCAGAGAGAGCGGGGAGGCUGCCAGAGCUGAUCCACGGCAGCUUGGUAGAGCCCUCGCGAGGGUGAGGAACAACAGGGAGAGGAAGAAGAGGCGCGCGUGGAGAGGAUGAACAUGAAACCCGCGGGAGGUCAUAGUAUCCAACCACCGGCGCCUCCGAAAUCCACUCGAUAGGACUCACGGGGAGUCACUGCAGGUUGAAUUUGGCUCAGUUGGGAAAGUUCAGCGACUGUAUACAAUGGUUAUAAAUGGGUCCCACCUGAACAGCUCCACGCCAGACCCCAGUGACACCGUCCUGAGCCGCCCACCGUGGGUCACCACAACUUUGGGCUGCUUCCUUAUCUUCACAACCGUCGUUGACAUCCUUGGCAACCUCUUGGUCAUAUUUUCUGUGUAUCGGAACAAGAAGCUCAGGAACGCAGGGAACAUCUUUGUGGUGAGCCUGGCGGUAGCAGACCUCGUGGUGGCCAUCUACCCGUAUCCUCUGGUCCUUACUGCCAUUUUCCACAAUGGCUGGAAUCUGGGUUACGUUCAUUGCCAGAUCAGCGGCUUCCUCAUGGGUGUCAGCGUCAUUGGCUCCAUCUUCAACAUCACUGGCAUCGCCAUCAAUCGAUACUGCUACAUCUGUCACAGCCUCAAAUACGAUAAAUUGUAUAGUGACAAAAACUCUGUCUGCUAUGUGAUAUUGAUAUGGGCGUUGACUGUAGUGGCCAUUGUGCCCAACCUGUUUGUGGGUUCACUUCAGUAUGACCCACGAGUUUAUUCUUGCACCUUUGAACAGUCAGCCAGCUCAGCGUACACGAUUGCUGUGGUUUUUUUUCACUUUAUUUUACCCAUCAUGAUUGUCACCUACUGCUACCUACGCAUUUGGAUAUUGGUCAUACAGGUGAGGAGGCGGGUCAAGCCAGACAAUCGACCCAAGCUGACGCCGCACGAUGUCAGAAACUUUGUCACGAUGUUUGUGGUGUUUGUGCUCUUUGCUGUCUGCUGGGCACCACUCAACUUCAUUGGCCUGGCUGUAGCAAUCAAACCAGAGGUGGUGGUGCCCCUCAUCCCUGAGUGGUUAUUUGUGGCCAGCUACUUCAUGGCCUACUUCAAUAGCUGCCUUAAUGCCAUUGUCUAUGGUGUGCUGAACCAGAACUUCCGGCGGGAGUACAAACGUAUUGUAGUGUCAGUGUGCACAGCUCGCAUCUUCUUCCAGGACAGCUCCAACGAUGCAGGGGAGAGGCUCAAGAGUAAACCGUCGCCACUAAUGACCAACAAUAACCAGGUGAAGGUGGACUCUGUCUGAACCACAACUCAGAGACAUGAACUCAUUUGCUGUUUUUGAAAGGUAACUGGGGUUUCUUUUUUGUUUGUUUUUAAAAAAGCUGAGUAAUAAAAAUACCAAAUAUAAAUAUAAAACAGCUUGUAUCCUCAGAGCUGUCUAGACUGUCAUACUGUACGGUGCUAACUGACCUCUGAACAAUCACAGCGAGAACAGGGGUGCAUAUAAUCUUUGUAUUUUAUCAAGCACUUUGUUUGACUCUGCAGUACAUGUAGUACAGUGAAUAUAUGAUGUCUGUUUUGUUUUCAUGUUUACAGUGAUAUAAAUGUAUCAUGCAUUAUAUAAGUAUUUUGAAAUGUCAUAUUAUGAAAUGUCAUGUAGAUAUAUAGUAAAAUAUAUCAGGUUUCAGUUAAAUGAAGUCUAAAUUUUAUGAGGCCAAUAAGACCUUAGUUUCUACAAAACUUUGCUGAAAAUGUAACCAGAAGUUUAUAAAAAUGGAGUUAACCAAUUUUAAUAAUCUUAUUUGUGACACUGUAACACUGAGUACGAGCAAUGUGGGUUGUUGCUGUGUUAUUAUACCAUACGGUACUGUCCUUAUGCAUUAGGUGGAAUAUUAAAUUUAGUAAGAAAGAUCUCUCUCCACCAUGUCAGCUCAAUAUACUAUAUGCAUGAAUAUCAGGAAUUGUUUAUAUGCAAAAUAAAAUCUGAUAUUGA